CGAAAAACAUCUGUGCCCUCGCUACAUCACCACUCUUUUUGGACCGCUACUGCGCACGGUACCGCACUACACACCACUCCCAAAACCCCCCUGGCCACUACCGAAAAAAGAUUGGCACUCCUCCGCCCCAACUCAGCCCGCACCUGUUUACCUUCCAAAUUUAGCCAGAAAAAUUGAUCCAGACAACAUUUUAACCACAAACAUCUCCUUCAUCACCACACCACACCAUGUCCACAUUCGUUACACGGACGCUCCUGGAGCUCAGUAAGAGGGACGGCUUGCCUCCCCUCAGGACCACCACCAGAGCUGCCGCCACAGGAAGUGGAGGUAUGCCAGUUUUGGCUUCCAACGCUGCCCAAACCACCUCCGAGUCCUUCACAACUCCAGCGAUCAAAGUGCCCAACAGCAUCGUUAACCCCCACAUUCUCCGCGAGACCAACCCCUCAGGAACGGUGUUCAUCGCCGUGGGCGCCAUCGUGGGCGCCAUCAUUAUCGCAUUCAUCCUCUACCACUUGAUCGUGUCGUUGACAGCCUCUCGUUUGGCCAAGAAGUCAUUGGCUGGCGACCGCCAGUUGUACGAGAAGUACCAAAACAACAACAACACCGCUUACGGAGGUGCUGCGGGUUUGACGCCCACCAACAUGACGUUUGACUCCAAGUUACCGUUCUUGAGCCCCACCAAGACCGUGUUGACGGGCUUGGGAGGCGGCAUGGGCGGAGGCAUGGGCUCGUUGGCUGGCGGCUCCGUGGUGGGUGACAACUCCACCAUUUACGCCUCGGAGGCCGGGGCUGCAACCUCCAAGCACGACUUAACCAAGAUGUUCAUUUCACCCACCGCGGAGGUGAUGCAGCACAAGCGGGUACGGUCGUCGCAGUACGGCGGUUCCACCACCAACUUGUCAAUGUUAGGCGGCUCCACCACCAACUUGAUACCCGCCUCCAACAGACACUCGCAAAUGCCCAGCUUGUACAUCAACAACGACAAUAAUAGUGAGUACUCGCUCAGCCAGGCCGGUAGUGCACCCCACCAGGGCCACACCCCAAGAUCGAACAGGAAGACCAUUCCUUCUAUGUACCUCGAGGACUUGAUCGACGAAAAGUAGAUGUAGGACUAAUAUCUACAGAAAGAUUUUUGGAAAAAGAUAACGUUAGACUGAGGUCAAAGAACGAUAACCGUAGGAACCCAAUUAGCAUGGAAUGAGAGCGACGAAAACUAACCAACGAGGAUCUCAACAAGAUCUGUGAGAACGAGUUUGGUUUCGGAAAUCAAAUAGUCGAUAAAUGAUCUACAGGUGUGUUCCAGUCUACUAAAUAAAAAGUUCAAUAUUGUUCAAUAAAACAAGCUAUUCAGUA